UCUUCCAUGCAAAGUAAUCGCUCCAGGACAUCGUCAAAAUCUCGAGCUCUUUGGAGUUCAUCCGGCCGUAAUCUUUUCCCGAGUCCUCCUUUCCCCACAACCUGCAAAGCGACCGCUCAUCAACAGCAAUUCUCCUCACCAACGGAAAAGUCUCCAUCUCCCCGCGUCACGUCACCAAACACUUCCUUCUCCUUUCACACUCACUCCCACGCUCGCGCUCACUCUCUCCUCCAGGCCCAUCCGGCCGAUCCCCACCCCCAUCCGCCCGGCCAGCCAUGGCGGUGAGCAACAACAUCACGGCGUGCAUCAACUUCCUGGUGCUCCUCUGCACGGUCCCCAUCGCCGCGACGGGCGUGUGGCUCGCCUCCCGCCACGGCGGCGACGGCUGCGCGCGCCUCGCCCGCUGGCCCGUCGCGGCGCUCGGCGCGCUCCUCCUCCUCGUCGCCCUCGCGGGCUUCCUCGGCGCCUACCGCAACCGCAGGGGCCUCCUCGCCUGCUACCUCUUCGCCAUGGCGGGGCUCAUCACGCUGCUCCUCGCCCUCAUCGUCCUCGCCUUCGCCGUCACCCACGGCUCCGGCGCCUACCCGGUCCCCGGCAGGGCGUACGACGACUACCGCCUCGAGGGUUACUCGCCCUGGCUGCGACGGUACGUCGCCGGCGACCCGGAGCGGUGGGAGGGGAUCCGGGCAUGCGUCGCCGGCUCCGGGACGUGCAGGAAGCUCGCCACGGAUAGAUCCUUCAUCGUGCCCGAGCAGUUCUACAUGACCCACCUCUCGCCCAUCCAGUCGGGGUGCUGCAAGCCGCCGACGGUGUGCGGGUACGCGUAUGUGGGCCCGACGGCGUGGGCGGGCGCGGCGAACCCGGCGGCGGACGCGGACUGCGCGGCGUGGAGCAACGACCCGGCCCUGCUCUGCUACGGCUGCGCCUCCUGCAAGGCCGGCGUGCUGGGGGAGCUCCGGCAGCAGUGGCGCAAGGCCAACGUCGCGCUGCUCGUCGCCGCCGUCGCGCUCGUCUUCGUCUACCUCGUCGGGUGCUGCGCCUUCCGCAACGCCCAGACCGAGGACAUGUUCCGACGGUACAAGUGGGGCAACAACUACUGAUGACCUGACGACCUGCGAUCGAUCGAGAGCUUGGCCUUCGUCGCCCUUGGCUGAUGUUGUCUCGCCGGUGUAAGUAAUUAUUAAGCAAGUGUGAUGAGUUCUGUAGAGGGAGGAGCACAUAUGUAAAUGUGUAAUGCCUUCUGAAACUUCUGGGAUGGGGUUGGGUGGCGGAGUUAAGCCAGGAUUUCGAUGAAAUGCGCCUCAUUUUUUGGUGAAAUUUGUGCUCCAAGAGUGAGCAGUGUGAUCUGGCUGGAACUUGCAUUGUAAGGUCAGCUGGUGCCGGCCGGCAAGGCGGCAAUGCCGCUCGUGAUCGAGACGAUAAGCUUUGCAACAUUUUCGGGGCGUUGGGCCCCUUGGCUCGUGCUCACCAGGUUGUAGCAUGCGCGCUGUUGUGUCCUUUUGCUGGGGAUGGUUGUCAAAUCUUGUCAUGGUGCUA